ACCGAAAUUGUCCCGGACGCCUGCGUAGGAGCCCGGCGUGUCCUCUAUGACUUACCCAGAAGGCAGCGCUUCACUCUCAGGUCAAAAUGGCCGGCCGAUCUGCUGUUUCAGCAUCAAGCAAGUGGCUGGAUGGUUUUCGAAAGUGGUAUUAUAAUGCUGCAGGAUUCAAUAAACUGGGGUUAAUGCGAGAUGAUACACUACAUGAAACUGAAGAUGUAAAAGAAGCCAUAAGAAGGCUUCCUGAGGACCUUUAUAAUGACAGGAUGUUUCGAAUUAAGAGAGCCCUGGACCUGUCUAUGAGGCAUCAGAUCUUGCCUAAGGAUCAGUGGACAAAAUAUGAGGAGGACAAAUUCUACCUUGAACCCUAUCUAAAAGAGGUUAUUCGGGAAAGAAAGGAGAGAGAAGAGUGGGCAAAGAAGUGAUCUUUUAGUUAAGAUCUGUGGGUAUGCCUGGUCUCACCAUACUUUCACAGUUAUUUCAACCCAAAUCACAAUUUAAGAAUUAUUCUACCCUAUGUCACACUUUAAAUAAAUGUCUAUUGUAACCAUG